UUUUUAAAUUAUUAUUAUUGUUGUUACAUGUAAGACUGCUAUUAUUGUUGUCGUAACCUCGUGACCUUCGUAUCUUUGUUCCAUCACGCACACGCACACAGCUGAACGCUGAUGUUCCUUACGUGACGCUGCGCGUCCCUGUGUGUUCUAACAGUGCACGCGCCCCGUGCUCAGGGGGCGGGAGUCGGAGGCUCCUCUAUAGAAGCGGAGCAGCGGAGCCUCCUGACGGAGCUGCACUGAGCCUCCUGACGGAGCCGCACUGAGCCUCCUGACGGAGCCGCACUGGAUGCCGCAGCUGCGGGUACACAUGUUCCGCUCAGCCCCGCACAGCCCGGGACACACUGCUGCGUCCUCACCGGGUCAGACCACGGAGAACGGACUGCAGGAGGAGGAGGAGGAGGAGGAGGAAGGAGACCUGGACGAUGAGGUCGACGCGUCUCGUCUGGAGAAGUUCAUGAGGGACCGGAGGAGAGCGCGCUCGCUGCCCGCGUACCCGGCGGCGCUGCUGGGCUGCGGUCCCGGCAGCGCGGAGAGGAAGCGGGUCAAGUUCGCGGACUCCAUGGGUCUGAACCUGGCGAGCGUCAAACACUUCAGCGCGCAGGAGGAGCCGCAGAUCCCGAGCAAAGUUCUGUCCCGGUACCGGACCUUCCCGCCGCCGCAGGACCUGCUGUACCAGGACCCGGGUCGCCUGGUCAUCUGCUUCCCGGAGCCGCGUGACCCGGAGCGCAGAGUCCAGCAGCUGCGCGUGUGUCUGGAGAAAAUCUGGAUCAACCGCUUCGAUGUUCGGGGGCAGAUCCGGGUCCUGAGCCGCGGGUCCCGCACUGAGGUCGGGCUCCGAUACACUUUCAACGACUGGCUGUCUCAAGUGGACGCGCAGGCUCUGUGUGCGUCCGCGGAGGAUCAGCCGGGUUCGGUGGGAGAGCGGUUCUUCUUCACGGUGUUCACGCCCCCCUUCAUGGACUCAGGCUCCGCCCUGACCUUUGCCCUCUACCUGAGGAGCGAGGACGGAGAGUUCUGGGACAACAACGACGGUCACAACUACACGCUCAGGUACCGCUGUCCGCACAGUAGCGCCUCCUUUGGCAGCGCCGGGUUUCACGACAUCUGAGCGGCGCAAAAAUCUGUUUGUUUUUUUCAGUUAGUGAUCAGUGAUCGGUUACAGACUUAUUUCUAAACCGGAAGUACACGCACGUGCCCUGCAGAGACAGAACUCAGAGUUUGGACAAAAACAACAGAACCUUCCUGAAUUAUUUUGCUUCUUCUCUGACUUUUAUCAUCUUUAGCACUUAUUUCUGUCUCAGCUGCAAAACUAACUUUUAGAAUAAUUAAAGUUAAUUUACUUAAAGGGACAGUCUCUCUUUUUUGUGUGAAAACUAAAAUGGCCGUGAGGAAAGAUUAAGUCUGUGAUAUCUUUAAGAACAUGUUCACGUCUUUGUCUCACUGUGAGACAGACUUCUGUAAACCACUCACUCCCCCACACCAAAGCCCAGCGAGAAAAGCCGUGAUUUUAACAUCACAUACACAGGAGUAGUUGAUCCACUGCUGAAAUUCAAAAGUCUUAUUUUGUAUUAUUAUUUGAAAUCCCUGACUCAGAUUCACUACAUUGACACAAAGUGAGCACACGAGGCAGCAGAGGACCGGCCACUCCUGUGUCCCUGCCUGAAAUCACUGCUUUUCUCUGAGGUUUGGUGCAGGGAGAGUUUGCCUCUGCAUCUCUUUGUGAUGAGAAACAGAUCAGACAGUAAAACAGUUAAUAAACAAAGACACUUUAUAAAAGUUUAUUAUAUUGUAAGUCAAUAAAGUUUUGAUCUGUCACUUUCA